AUGAAAGGAUUGAUUUUAGUUGGAGGUUACGGUACCAGAUUGAGACCAUUGACUUUAACAUUACCAAAACCAUUGGUUGAAUUUGGUAAUAGACCCAUGAUUUUACAUCAAAUUGAAGCUUUGGCUGCUGCUGGUGUUACUGAUAUCGUAUUGGCUGUCAAUUACAGACCAGAAGUUAUGGUUUCCACUUUGAAGAAAUACGAAGAAGAAUAUGGUGUAUCCAUUACUUUUAGUGUUGAAGAAGAACCAUUGGGUACUGCUGGUCCUUUGAAAUUGGCGGAAAAAGUAUUGAAGAAGGAUAAUUCCCCAUUUUUCGUUCUAAACAGUGAUGUUAUUUGUGAAUAUCCAUUCAAGGAAUUGGCUGAUUUCCACAAAGCUCAUGGUGCAGCUGGUACUAUUGUUGCUACCAAAGUUGACGAACCAAGUAAAUAUGGUGUUAUUGUUCAUGACAGAGAUACCCCCAAUUUAAUUGACAGAUUUGUCGAAAAACCAGUUGAAUUUGUUGGUAAUAGAAUUAAUGCUGGUUUAUACAUUUUGAACCCAUCAGUUAUCGAUUUAAUUGAAAUGAAACCAACCUCAAUUGAAAAGGAAACUUUCCCCAUCCUUGUUGAACAAAAACAAUUGUAUUCAUUUGACUUGGAAGGAUUUUGGAUGGAUGUUGGUCAACCAAAAGAUUUCCUUAGUGGAACCUGUUUAUACUUGACUUCAUUGUCGAAAAAACAUCCAGAAAGAUUAUCAACUGAAAAAUUUGUUAAAGAUGGUAACGUUCUUAUCGACCCCACUGCCAAGAUUCACCCAAGUGCAUUGAUUGGUCCAAAUGUUGUUAUUGGACCUAAUGUCAUUGUUGGUGAAGGUGCCAGAAUCAAGAGAUCAGUACUCUUGGCCAACUCAAAAGUUAAUGAUCAUGCUUGGGUUAACUCAACCAUUGUUGGAUGGAACUCAAGAAUUGGUAAAUGGGCCAGAACUGAUGGUGUUACUGUAUUGGGAGAUGAUGUUGAAGUUAAAAAUGAAAUUUACGUUAAUGGUGCCAAAGUCUUGCCACACAAGUCCAUUUCAGCUAACGUUGAACAAGAAUCAAUCAUUAUGUAG